AAGAUGAUUGGCAAAGUAGCUGUUUCGGUUACUUCUGUCAUUCUUGUUGUUGGUGUGGCGCUUGCCGUGGUGGCUGUAGUUCACCACAAUGCGAGCAAGCGCGCCGGCGAGAGCCUGUCACCACAAAUGAAGGUGGUCAAAGACAUUUGCAGUAAGACGGAUUUCCAGGAGGCUUGCCAGAAGAGCCUUAGCCCCGUGGCAGACAAAGGAAGCACAGACCCUAAGGAAUUCAUCAAGGCGGCAAUCCAAGCCACCAUCAACGAAGUUGCCAAGUCAGCCAACUUCUCUGACAAUCUCGUGAAGAACGCGUCCAACAUCCCGAGAGUGAAAAUGGCAGCGGAGGAUUGCAAGGACUUGUUAAACUUCGCCACCGACGAGCUCCAGACCUCGUUCUCUACGGUGGGGGACAGCGACAUGCACACCAUCAAUGACCGGGCUGACGAUCUGAAGAACUGGUUGAGCGCUGUCAUCUCGUACCAGCAGACAUGCCUUGAUGGGUUUGAAGCACCGGAAUUCCGUUCCGCCAUGGAACAGAAUCUCCAAGACGCCUCUUCACUCACCAGCAAUGCUCUGGCUAUCGUUUCCGAGCUCGCCGAUAUCCUUAAGGCGUUUGGUUUAGAGUUCAAUAUCAAGCCCAGCGGUCGCCGGCUUCUUAGCCAGGACGGGUACCCGACAUGGUUCUCCGGCUCCGACCGCAAGCUCUUGGCUAUGGUUGACAGCGGCAGGGUUAGACCCAACGCUAUUGUGGCCAAGGAUGGCAGUGGAAACUUCAAGACCAUUGCCGCAGCGCUUGCCGCUUACCCCACUAACCUCAGAGGCCGAUAUGUUAUCUACAUUAAGAGUGGAGUCUAUAACGAGUACAUUACCGUGGAGAAGAAUCAGAAGAACGUGUUCAUGUUCGGCGACGGACCCAGAAAGACCAUCGUCACUGGCCGCAAGUCCAACAGCGGUGGCUUCACCACCUUCAAGACCGCCUCUUUCUCGGCGAUAGGAGAAAGGUUCAUUGCCAAGUCAAUGGGUUUCCAAAACACAGCUGGUCCUGAGGGACACCAAGCCGUGGCUCUCCGCGUCCAAUCCGAUAUGUCGGCCUUCUUCAACUGUAGAAUGGAUGGGUACCAAGAUACCUUGUACGUCCAGGCACACAGACAGUUCUACCGCAACUGCGUCAUCUCCGGCACUGUGGACUUCAUCUUCGGUGACUCCGCCACGGUUAUCCAGAACUCGUUGAUCAUAGCUAGGAAGCCCAUGGACAACCAACAGAACACCGUGACGGCGCAAGGAAGAGCCGACAAGCGCGAGACCACCGGGCUGGUGAUCCACAACUGUAGGAUCGUCCCAGAGCAGAAGCUCUUCGCAUUGAGGUUCAAGAUCCCAACGUACCUGGGGAGGCCAUGGAAGGAGUACGCAAGGACUGUGAUCAUGGAGACCACUUUGGCAGACUUCAUCCAGCCAGGUGGGUAUAUGCCAUGGGCGGGAAACUUCGCGCUCAGCACCUGUUCCUACUUUGAGUACGCGAACCGUGGCCCUGGCGCUAGGACCGUCAGGAGGGUCAGGUGGCAGGGUGUGCGAGUCAUCAGCAGGAGAGAGGCUCUUCAAUUCACUGCCGGUCCUUUCAUCCAAGGGAACCUCUGGUUGAAGGGCACCGGAUUUCCUUUCCUGCUGGGCUUGAGGCGUUGA